AUUUUUUAGGCCCAAAUAAUGUGAGAACCAAUGAACUAAAAUAUUUUACAAAUGGGAAAGCCAAGACUGGACUGAAGCAGAGCCGUUAGUGUUAGUUUUCGUACGGAAAUGGCGACGGUUGCAGGAAUUGGAGCGGCCGUUGGUCUCGGCUUCAAAUCCAAGUCCUCGACUCCAAUCUUCUUCUCAACUCCAUUUCUCGGAAAGAAAUUCCAAAUCAGAAUUUCCAACUCUUCUGAAUCAAAAAUCGCCUCGAAAUCGAAGUUUUUGGUGGUUCGUGCGGGAGCUGAACUAGUUGAUUUCGUUAACCAUCUCUUUGUCGGCGUCGGUGUUGGGCUUCCUUGUACUGUGAUGCAGUGUGGUGACGUUAUCUACAGAAGUACUCUUCCAAGGUCAAAUAGCCUUACCAUUACCGUCCCCGGCGUAAUCUUAGCUCUCAGCGCUGUUUCUUACCUCUGGGCUACCCCUGGUGUGGCUCCUGGUUUCUGGGACAUGUUCGUUCUUGCUUUCGUUGAGCGGUUCUUCCGUCCUACUUAUAGAAAGGAUGACUUUGUUUUGGGAAAGAAGUUGGGUGAGGGCGCUUUUGGGGUGGUUUAUAAAGUUUCAUUGGCAAAGAAUCCUGGUUCCAAGAAGGAAGGUGAUCUAGUGUUGAAAAAGGCUACUGAAUAUGGCGCGGUGGAGAUUUGGAUGAAUGAGAGGGUCCGAAGGGCUUGCACCAAUAGCUGUGCAGAUUUUGUGUACGGAUUUCUUGAGAACUCUUCUAAGAAAGGAGGUGAAUAUUGGCUUAUAUGGCGUUUUGAAGGGGAGGCAACACUCACUGAUCUUAUGCUGAGUAAAGAGUUCCCUUACAAUGUGGAAACAAUGAUUCUUGGUAGGGUCCAGGACUUGCCAAAGGGAUUUGAGAGGGAAAAUAGAAUCAUUCAGACAAUCAUGAGGCAGAUUUUAUUUGCUUUAGAUGGACUCCAUUCAACAGGCAUUGUUCAUAGAGACAUCAAGCCCCAGAAUAUUAUUUUCUCUGAAGGGGAUCGCACAUUCAAGAUCAUUGACCUUGGGGCUGCAGCUGACUUGCGGGUGGGAAUCAACUAUAUUCCCAAGGAGUUUCUUUUGGACCCAAGGUAUGCAGCACCCGAGCAAUACAUCAUGAGCACUCAAACUCCAUCUGCUCCUUCGGUUCCUGUUGCAACUGCUUUGUCCCCAGUCCUGUGGCAGAUGAACUUACCUGAUAGGUUUGAUAUCUACAGUGCUGGGCUCAUAUUUUUGCAAAUGGCAUUCCCAUCAAUACGCACAGACAGUAGCCUCAUUCAAUUCAAUCGUCAGCUAAAAAGAUGUGGAUAUGACUUAGUUGCAUGGAGGAAAACUGUUGAGCCUCGGGCUAGCCCUGAACUCAGGAGGGGCUUUGAGUUACUUGAUUUAGAUGGUGGGAAAGGGUGGGAGCUUCUGACAUCUAUGGUCCGUUACAAUGCAAGGCAGAGAACAAGUGCAAAAGCAGCCCUAGCCUAUCCAUAUUUCGACAGGGAAGGUUUGUUGGCUUUGUCAUUCAUGCAGAACUUGAGGUUGCAGCUGUUUCGGGCUACUCAGCAAGAUUACAGUGAAGCCACUAAAUGGGUAAUCAGGCUAAUGGCAAAAUCUGGGACAAAGAAGGAUGGUGGUUUCACGGAAGCUCAGCUUCAGGAGCUCAGAGAAAUGGUGCCAAAGAAGAAGGCCAGUGCCCAACGUAAUGCUCUAGCAUCAGCUCUUCGCCUGCAGAGGAAGAUUAUAAGAACAGUGAACGAGAGCAUUGAUGAGCUCAACCAACGCAGGAAGAGUCUGUGGUGGAGUAGGUGGAUCCCCAGAGAGGAAUGAAGAAGUUUUUCAGCUUCAGUUAUGUUGUACAUCAUCCAUAGGGAGGGUCCUGAGGAACAGCGUUGGGGGAAAAGAAAUUGAAAACAAAUUAUUUUGUAAUCCAUAAUGCAAUUUCUAACAGAUACUUAAGCAAUAGAUUGAGCAUAUGUAAUGAAAGGAGAACUUCAGAGGGCUGUAAUUACCGGAAAUGGUGGCAUCUUGUUGGUCUAGGAGGCAUAUCUGCUUUUCUACUAAUGCCAACCAGCUGAAGUGGAGGAGUUUGCACUUUGAAGUAGGGGUGUCAAACGGUCGGUUUGGCUCAGCUUUGGUCGGGCUGAAUUGGUUUCUGUCUGGGAAUGAGUGAGACCAAAAUCAACCUGCCAAAGAACUUUGGUUUUUGGUACAUUUUGGUUUUGGUUUAUUUUGGGUUUUCCAGGUUAAUAUCAGUUUAGAUCAGUUUGUAAAGGUAGGGAUAUCAAUCUGUCGGUUUGGACUGGUUUUGGUUCGGUUUCACAUUUUUAGUGUGAGAAUGAGUGAAAUCAAACAUGAUC